AUGAUGCCGUCAAGUUUGCACUGCAAGUCGGCAACCUCGACCUCGUACAGUAUCUCCUUGGGCGCCACCCAGAGCUCCGCGACGACGUUGAGUUAUCAUCUGACCGACGCGACCCGAUUCCUCCUUGCGGCUGGCAUUGACACGCCGCGCGAAUGCCUUGUCUGCAUUGCGGGGUUUCGAGAGCUUGUGUUUGAGAGGAAGCUCUUGCUGCCAUACUACAUCGAUGCGACGUACGUCCUUGACCAUGUCAUGUUUCUUCUCGACCUCUUCGCGCUGCCCAACCGCCGCCUCGCGACGGCUCGCCAGCUGAUCACACCCAAGCUCCUGAACCAAGGAAGAUAG